AUGCCUAAAAAGAAGACAGGUGCAAGGAAGAAAGCAGAGAACCGUCGAGAACGUGAAAAACAACUAAGAGCAUCAAGAAGCACCAUAGAUUUAGCCAAGCAUCCAUGCAAUGCCUCAAUGGAAUGUGACAAAUGUCAGAGGAGACAGAAGAAUCGAGCAUUUUGCUAUUUUUGUAACUCUGUACAGAAGUUACCAAUUUGUGCACAAUGUGGGAAAACAAAGUGUAUGAUGAAGUCUUCAGACUGCGUCAUAAAGCAUGCUGGAGUUUAUAGUACCGGCCUUGCGAUGGUGGGUGCAAUAUGUGACUUUUGUGAAGCUUGGGUUUGCCAUGGACGGAAAUGCCUCAGUACACACGCUUGUGCCUGUCCUCUCACUGAUGCUGAGUGUGUUGAGUGUGAACGAGGAGUAUGGGACCACGGUGGCAGAAUAUUCAGUUGUUCUUUUUGCCAUAACUUUCUCUGUGAAGAUGAUCAGUUUGAACAUCAAGCCAGUUGCCAGGUUUUAGAGGCAGAAACCUUUAAAUGUGUUUCAUGUAAUCGGCUUGGCCAACAUUCCUGUCUCCGUUGUAAGGCUUGUUUCUGUGAUGACCACACAAGGAGCAAGGUGUUCAAGCAAGAAAAAGGAAAACAGCCUCCUUGCCCUAAAUGUGGACAUGAAACUCAGGAGACUAAAGAUCUUAGCAUGUCUACACGCUCCCUGAAGUUUGGCAGGCAGACUGGAGGUGAUGACGGUGAUGAAGCUUCUGGCUAUGAUACCUAUUGGAAGAACCUUUCAUCUGGCAAGUGUGGGGAUACCAGCUACCAAGAUGAGGAGGAAGAUGAAUAUGAAGCAGAAGAAGAUGAAGAAGAAGAAGAUGAAGAAGAUGAUGACGAAGGCAGAAGGGAUUCCGAUGCUGAGUCAUCAGAAUUGUUUACUAAUUUGAAUUUAGGGAGGACCUAUGCCAGUGGCUAUGCUCACUAUGAGGAGCAAGAGAACUAG